UCUCCCAGAGUGAAGGAGGGCUCGCAGGACUCGGAGCCGUCCUUCCAGACUCCAGAGCCUUUAAGCAGUCUGCCCCCCCCGCUGACCCCAGGUCAGGCAGAUCUACCUCAGGCUGUUCCACUGCAGCCCCCCACCCAGGCUACGUCUCCCACCACUGCUUCUCUCUCACAGGUGCCAGCCGGCUCAGGAGGGGUCAACUCUCCCAUUAGUUUGGUGUUACGGUUAAGGAAUUCAAAGAAGGAGCUAAAUGACAUUCGCUUUGAGUUCAUGCCAGGCAGAGACACAGCAGACGGUGUUUCCCAGGAGCUGGUGUCCGCAGGCCUGGUGGACGGGAGGGACUUAGUAAUAGUUGCUGCCAAUUUGCAGAAAAUAGUUGACGAACCUCAAGCCAAUAAAAAUGUCACUUUCAAACUGGCGUCUGGAACCGAGGGGUCUGAACUCCCGGACGAUGUCAAACUGAUGGGCUUCGCUCAGCUCAGCAUCAGCUAAACUGUCGAACUACCUUGGACCGUGACUUGCCUAAAAAAUGUGAAAAUAAAAAAUAAAAGUUAUAAAUGCAUUUUUUUUUUCCUUCUAUGGCUGUAUAAAGAAACCACUACUGCCAAAGAAAACAGAAGCGUUUGGUCGCCCGUAGGAAACAUUCAACGCUGCCUCGAUAACGUGGUCAGCUGACGUAUCACUGACAAAAGUUUACAUGUAGAAGGAUGCAAGUAUCUACACCUCAUCCGUUUAUAUUUCUCUAAUAUGUGAUGCAUUUGCACAAUCUGAAUAACGCCCUGAUAAGUGUAACAAUGCCUUAUAUUCAUCAGAACUACUGAAUGCACGUUUUCAGGGGGGGGGUCCCCAGUUAUCAUGUGGAGCAAUAUGUUGUCGCAAAAUGUGGUUUCAGCUGUCUAACUUUUUACGCCAUUUUGAUUAAGCCAACUAAAUACAAGGACAACUCAACAAAUGUGAUGUUAAAUAUCAUUUUCAGCACUUCCAAAAGUUAUAUUUAAAGGAUAAGGUUUAGUUUUGUGGUCUGUAGUGGUCUCGAAUGUUCAUAAUUUCUUAUUUAAAUUGAUUUCCUGACAUAUCUGGGUAUUGUAAUCGUCAUCAAAAGCUACUCAAACACAAUUUAGGGACUAUUUUCAGCUGCGGAUGUACACACGUUUGGUGCUCUACUUGAGUAUUUAGACAAAUUGACAGGAAAAUCUCACCCAGGGAAAAAUGUAGCACAAUUUGGUCAAUAAUAAGUACAAAAUAUAGUGAAUUUUGCCCAUUUUGUCGCUAUCUAGCAUUAAUACAACAAGCAUUAAGAAGUAUCAGUCUUCUCUUGAUUAGAUUGUCCAGUUCUUUAAAUGAAUAACUUCAAAUAUACCAAAUUGCAAAACGUAUAUGAAUAGGGGAAAGUAGAUAACAUUGACUUCUUCCAAAUUUGCCUCCACUCCUUUACCACAGGUGUGAUGUCUUUUUGUAAAUUAGAUGAUAUAUUGAAAUAAGUGAAAAAGUUCUAUGACAGCUGGAACCACCAGCGUUUGAGUGUCUGUCUGGAAAUGGUUUCUCAAAUUCGUUUAAAAAGGUGGAUUUUAGUUCUUGUGGAUGAAACAUACUUGAUGUAACCUCUAGUCUGUACAUAAUGACAUUGGGCUUUGUUUGUUUUUAUACUGGGUGUUUCACUCUGGGCCUUUCUUUCUGUCCUCUGACACGAGUGUGGGUUGUAGCGCUGCGUUUAGGAAGAAGGCUCACAGGCUCCUUUUUUCCUUUCUAAAUCACUUUCUGCCUUUUUGGGAAGUUAGAAUAUAUUUUACAGUUGAGCCACAGCUGUGUUGAUGCUCUGGUCAUCUUGAAUUCCCCAAAUGAUUUGACUGAGAACCAGCAAAUAUGUUAAAAACAAACCUUCUUUAUCAUUUUAAAUGAGGUUUCGUUCAUCGUACUCUGAGAACUGAGGUUACACAAGUAACAUAAAGUUUUGAUUGCUAUGAGUUUGGGAUCUGUUAUCUGUUAUCCGUAUAGUUACGUCCUCACAACCUUCACUCUGGAUGUUUUUGUGCAUUACUGAAAUUGGUUAAUAAUCGAUGUGCAUCUGGCAGUUGAUGGCACUACUGUAGGAAAUCUUGGACCCUGAAAAUGUUACCUUUUACAUAGCAUUAUAUAAAUACGAUCAAGUGUAUUAUUUUUUGGACAUAAUGUUGAGGUUUUGAUUCAGAUUGUCAGUAUCUUUGAACUGUACUUCCUGUUACACGCGAAGAUACCUGAGGUAAAGUUUUCACCUCAAGUUUAGCAACCCUAGGAUACUCAAAGUUUCGAAACUGCAGUAUUUGGUGCCAUUCUCUGUGUGUGUGUGUGUGUGUGUGUGUGUGUGUGUGUGUGUGUGUGUGUGUGUGUGUGUGUGUGUGUGUGUGUGUGUGUGUGUGUGUGUGUGUGUGUGUGUGUGUGUGUGUGUGUGGAGAUCGAGUCCUGCUUCUGAUGGAGUUGAAGAUCCAUUGGCUUUGUUCUCUUGCGUCCGCUCACAUGUAGUCUAACCAAGCUGUAGCAACUGAACAGAAGAAGGGCAAUAACUCAUGUAGGCUGUAAAAUAUUUCUGAUUUCCGCCUGUCCUGUUUUUAGUUUUUUUCAUUCUUUCUCAUUUGCUCUUCUGUUGAUCGUUUGGGAGUUCAAAGCAUGUUUCCCUGGAUUAUUUUUUAAUCAAUAAAGAAUGAGCAUCAGCCUGA